AUGGAGAGCGCACUUCCUAAACUAAGAUCAAUUGGAUCUGCCCGGAAUGCUAGCACAUUGAUACGGGCAGCAUCUUGUGCAUCUUGCUGUUCUUCGUCAUCGAGGAGCUUCACCAGCUUAAACCGCCCCCCACCAAACUACCCAGGCCAUGUUCCUCUAACGAGAGUUGAACGGGCUGGGCUGGCCAUUGGAGCCAGCGUCAUGUCUUUUUUCGAUCCCUAUCGCCAUGACCUCAUCGCCGCUACCGGCGAAGCCACUGCUACACCCUACUUUAUCUACCGCCUUCGCGACGCCAUGCUUGCCGACCCAACCGGCCGUCGUAUCCUCCGAGCUCGACCCCGAAUUUCCUCAAAAACCCUCUCCCUCGAAGCUCUACGCGCACUGCCCGAAAACUCCGUUGGCCGCGCCUACGUAGGCUGGCUCGAUCGCGAAGGCGUCUCCCCCGACACCCGAGCUACAGUGCGGUACAUCGACGACGAAGAGUGCGCAUAUGUCAUGCAGCGAUACCGCGAGUGCCACGACUUCUACCACGCUUUGACUGGCCUGCCCAUUGUGCGCGAGGGUGAAGUUGCUCUCAAGGCUUUUGAGUUUGCCAAUACUUUGCUUCCCAUGACCGGGUUGAGUAUCUUUGCGGCUGCUACCAUGAAGAGGAGCGAGAGACAGCGAUUCGCCUCGAUAUAUCUACCCUGGGCUCUGAAGAACGGAGCACGGAGCAAAGAGGUUAUCAAUGUAUUCUGGGAAGAGAGACUUGAGGAUGACGUUAGUGACUUGAGAAAAGAGCUGGGUAUUGAGCAACCGCCCGAUAUGAGAGACAUUCGAAAGAGGGAGAGGGAGGAGAAGAAGAGACUCAAAGAACUGAGAGAGCAAGGGCUAUAA